GCGCAGCUCGCGCAGCCCGUCCGGACCCGUCCGACGUGCGAGCGAGACGGGAACGUCACGUCAGGUGGGAGCGAGAGAGAGACGAAGAAAAAAAUGGAGAAUCGCCCGUGCUGCGAAUCGCACUAACUCACUAACAAGUGUCAAACCUAAUGAGCUUUCGUCCCGAUCUGUAAAUAACGCAAAAAGUUAGUGUCCGAGCGAUCGAAGGUGUAUCGAGCCCCCAACAUACAUACACUCACACCCACCCCACAAACUAAGGAAGAAAGCUCAUAUGUGCUCGAGUGCUGUUUCACAAAGACAACACUAUCUGUGUGUUCUCAUUAAAAAAAAACAGGCAAUGCACUAAAUGUCAUACAGUUUAUGUGAUUAAACAAUUGCUGAGUGAUUUAUCAACACACUUGUCAAUCUGAUUUUUGGAGAGGAGACAAAUAGAACGUAUUUGGGGAACGAAAAAUGAACGACGACGAUAUGUGAUGCGACAGGUUCAGGCGAUAACCUGAGUCCAAAAUGUCUAGACAUAAACGAAACACGAACGGAAUAUUAGUUAGUUUCGAGACGAGGUGACUUGUCAGACGAGAGAUUUCGAAGUAAAUGAAGAUGACGGAGACGAAACGUUACAUAGUGCAGGUGUACGUUGGUGCCCUGUCCGACCUAUACGAGGCCCUUACCGUCGAGGCUAGCAAGCAGACGACCGCUGAAGAGAUAGUUUCUUGCAUCGUGGAUAAGUUGUCCCUUAGGGAGACUCCCGGUGGCGUUUACGAGUUGGCGGAAGUUAUAGGUGACAAUUCGGGACAGGAAUGCAAGGAGAGAUGUCUUCAGCCGGCGGAGAGCCCUGUGCAGCUGAUGAUGCUCUGGCCAAAGAUACACACAUCGAAGACGAGUACAUACAAGUUUUAUUUGCGUGAAAAGGCUAAUGACUACGUGUGGCGGGACAAUUUCGUGAUGGAUUCUCAGCUGAUCAAAGACUAUUUUAACCGGUUCCUCUACCAGCCGAAAGAUAGGGAAUACCCGGAUUUAUGUCAAUUGCCCGAUCUGAAUGAGGAGACGCUGCUGGAGAACCUGAAGAACCGCUUCAUGAACGAGCACAUAUACACUUAUGUGGGAUCGAUACUUAUAGCAGUGAACCCAUUUCAAUUCUAUCCCAUCUAUAACCCGAAAUAUGUGAAGUUGUACCAGAACCGCAGAUUGGGGCCUAAUCUACCGCCGCACAUCUUCGCCGUGGCGGACACUGCGUACCAUUGCAUGUUGAAGGACAGGAAGAACCAGUGUAUUGUGAUUAGUGGUGAGAGUGGUUCGGGUAAAACGGAGAGCACGAAUUUUCUUUUACAUCACCUAACCGCAUUGAGCCAGAAAGGGACGCAUGGCUGCGGUGUGGAGCAGACCAUCUUGAGCGCGGGACCUGUGCUUGAAGCCUUCGGGAAUGCCAAGACAGCACACAACAACAACUCGAGCAGAUUUGGAAAGUUCAUCCAAGUGAACUACAAAGAAAAUGGAAUGGUGCACGGGGCGGUUGUCCAGAAGUACCUUUUAGAGAAGUCGCGUAUUUGCACGCAGGGCAGGAACGAAAGAAACUACCAUGUCUUCUAUUACUUACUUGAAGGAGCGAACGAACAAGAGCGACAAAUACUCCAUCUGAAGCGACCCGAUCAAUACAAUUACUUGAACAAGAACGGAUGCUCGAGUUUGGAGAACGUGGACGAGAGUUACGAGUUUUCCAGGUUGAAACAGUCGAUGGAAAUGGUCGGUUUCACAGCUGAGAAGCAACGUCGUUUAUUCUCCGUGCUGUCCGCCGUUCUCCUUCUCGGCAACGUCGAGUUUCAGCCACGCAAAUCCGCCUACCACCAUGAUGAAGCCGUUGGCGUUAAGAACCCCGAGGUGGUUGCGCUCAUUUCCGAGUUGCUUCGCGUGAAACAGGAAACCUUGAUGCAGGCCCUGACCGCGAAAAGAGCACGAGCCUCUGGUGAAACUCUGGUCAUUAACUACAGGCUUCCAGAAGCCAUAGCGAGUCGCGACGCGAUGGCUAAGUGUUUAUAUGGAGCUUUGUUCGAUUGGAUUGUGCUUCAAGUGAACCACGCGCUUCUUUCAAAGAAGGACACUCUUCGUGAACAUCAAGGGAACUCUAUUGGUGUCUUGGACAUAUUCGGCUUCGAAGAUUUCGGACCGUGCAAUAGCUUUGAACAGCUUUGCAUCAAUUACGCCAACGAACACCUACAGCACUAUUUCAACCAGCAUGUAUUCAAGUACGAGCAGGAGGAGUAUAGGAAGGAAAAUAUACGUUGGAAGAACAUAGAUUUUAUGGACAACACGGGAUGCUUGUAUUUAAUUGAAGGCAAACCGAACGGACUGCUUUGUUUGCUCGACGACCAAUGCAAUUUUCCGGGAGCAACGAACGAAACGCUUCUGCAGAAGUUCAACACAGUCCAUAAGGAGAAUAAGUUCUACCAAAAGCCGCAGAAGAAGGAACCGGCGUUCAUAAUUGUCCACUACGCUGGCAAGGUGAAGUACCAAGUGACGAAUAUGCGGGAAAAGAAUCUCGACCUGAUGCGGCAGGACAUCGUAGGUGUUUUGAAGAACAGCUCUAUGGCUUUUGUUAGAGAACUGGUGGGCGCGGAUCCCGUGGCCGUCUUCCGGUGGGCAAUAGUUCGCGCCUUCUUCCGUGCAUACUUUGCUUUCCACGAGGCAGGCCGCCGCCACCGACAGGGAAGAGUCGAUGGCAACAAGAACAACAUCCAGCAGCGAUACCAGAGGAAUCACAUUCCGAAUGAAAACAUUAUUAGCCUCGGCAAACAACGAAAUAUGUUAUAUCAGCCAAUAAGCAGAAACAACGAAACCGAAGUUCCUAACAAUCAGUACAGGCUCUCCUGGCCGCAGUUUUAUAACCGCGGUAAGAUCAGUAACGUAGGCAAAAGUGGCGAGAACGAUCGAUCACGUCGCAAGGAUGUCGUUACGAACAGCAGUGGCCAGGCCAAUUAUGAUAGGGUCUUAAGGCCUGAACAGGCCAUGGCUAUGCAACGCGCCAAUCAAAUCGUUAUGAAAAAUAAAUCGUUCCGACCUAGAGAGAGAGGCAAAAAGGGAUUGAAAAAUUUGCAGUCGGUGAAAACUUUAGCGGGUAGAACUGGAUUAACCCCAUCCAAUCAAGGCCAACUUGGCAAAGCUCGCAAACAGCCGAUGACCGUGACUGCACAAUUCCAGCAGUCUCUGCAAUCUCUGAUGGAGACACUGAAUCAGGCGAAUCCCUUCUUCAUUCGUUGUAUCAAAUCAAACUCGGAGAAGAUCCCGAAGAUCUUCGAUGUGCCGACCGUGCAAAGGCAGCUCCGAUAUACGGGCAUGCUGGAAACAGUGCGAAUCCGCCGGGCUGGCUUCAACGUGCGGUUGACCUACGACGAAUUUAUCCAACUAUACCGAAUCCUUCUACCUAAAGGAUUGCUCAGCUCACAGAAUGAUGUGAGGAAUUUCCUGUCCACGCUGAAUUUGGAUAGGGAAAAUUACCAAGUGGGUACGAGUAAGAUUUUCUUGAGGGAGUCGGAAAAGGAUAAGUUGGACAGCAAAUUGCAUCAGCAGAUCAUGGCAAGCAUUAUGACGCUACAGCGAUGGUUCCGAGCGUGCUUGGAACGACAGCGUUUUCUGCGGAUACAAAAUGCUGUAAUUACGUUGCAAUCAUAUUGUCGCAUGUUUAUGGUGCAGAAGAACUUGUCGAAUAUGGUGAACGCUGUUUUACGGAUACAGAAGAUUUGGCGAGGAUACAGAGUACGCUCGUGGUACAAGAAGUUGAAGAAGGCCAUAGUUUGCUUCCAAGCUCUCGCAAGGGGGUAUGUUGGUAGGAAAUUGUACGCCAGUCUGAAAGCGCAAGCUAUGUUGAACAAGAAGGAAGAGGAUAUGACUGUUAAUAGUAGAUUGCUAGUAUCUGAUGGAGCAGAUGAGGCUUUUGUCAGUAAGGGUUCGAGCCAGGAGGAGCUGGAGAAUGAUAAAUUCUACCCAGAACGUGAUAAAAAGGCACGAGAUUCUGAUGAGAGCAGCGGAAUAUUGGAAGAUGGAGGAGAGAUUGAGAAUAAUGGAAGGAACAAAUUACAACUUCGAGCCGCUAUUUCGUUACCCACGGUGACCACGUACAACUCCAACUCUACGGUUUAUCCUACUUACAGUCUUGCGGUUAUUAUGGAAUUGGAAAGAAUUGAAAAUAAGGUUGCAAAUAAUCAAGAACAGAUUGUAAAACCUAAGGAACAAUUGGUUACAACGAAGAGAAAAGUUACAAAGGCUCAUAAGACAAUUGAUCUCUCCGACAUCCAUUACACCUAUGAAACCAAGAAGGGUAGCGAAGAUUCUUUAAAUUCCGUUCGUAGUUAUGAAUCACAGUUCAGCGAGUCAGGCGUUCCGUGCAGCGGUGAUUCGAAUCCAUAUUCGAAACACGAGCUGUGGUCAUCUACAAGCACCAAAAGUGAGACGGAUUCAGAAUUCAGCAUAUCAAGUCAUCACAUACAGUCGGCGCCACCUCAUUGCGGCAAUAAUCAAUCUACUUACCCAAGUUUCGAUGAUAGCCCGUAUCCCGUUAAAGCACCGCAUAAAAAUGUUACCAGAGCCUUACCCAUAGGCUUAUCAUCAUAUGCAUUACCUGGAAAACGCGAGAAGGCUGAAGGGUUUAUCAAUUUGGCACCAAUCAGACGUAGAGAUGGUACAGACAUUCACAAACCAGAUAAAGAGAACGACCAUGUUCCGGACAAGGCGAAGCAGAUGCUGGGAUUCCUCCCGAUACCGCCUUCUCGGAACAGCAGAAAUAAUCGGAGGAGUCACGUGAAAAGUCUAGGAGAAGAAGUAACGGAUAGCGCGGCCUUUGACAAGAUUGCUCAUUUAGGCACGAUCGACGAAUUUGUUGGCACAUACCCACCGGACAUACAAAUGCGCGAUCUUAAAGACUACUCCGAUAAUUCGAAGCUUCUGAUUGCUGAAUCCGACUUGUCCAACAAAUCGUUGACACCGAAGAGAACUCGAUCAGGAAUAGGCUUGGAUCUCAAGCGACGCAACUCUGAUCCUGCGACGAAAGUCAGCAGUUUUAGUGAUCAUCCAGAAGGUCAAGCAACUAAAAUGGAAUGGCAGACUAGCAGUGAUUUCUCCAUUGCUGGUCAUAAGUUUAGGAUAAUUAAGAAAUUCAAUCCGGAGGAUAAAUGCGUAUCGUGCAACGAUAAAAUGGAUCAAUCUUAUACGCAUAGCUACAAAUGUUCGGAAUGCAAAAUGGUAUUCCAUCCGAAGUGCAUACAGAACAAGAAAGUGUUGGAGACGCCAUGUGGAAACACAGUUCAGAGCAGUAAACCGGGCAGAAGGAAACAUAGGAAGACCUCGCGAACGCCUUACGACAUCAACAAGCAGCAUAAUGCAAGCACCACGACUAAGUUCAAUUAUCGAACGUCUGAAUUUACUGAUAGCACGGAUCAGAUUAUUUCUGAUGCCAAAGAACUGCAGGAGAUGCAGGACUUUAUAACCAAGAAGAUUUGCUGCAUUGAAAAAGAUGAUGGUAAGAAGCCGAGCGAGGUGGAUAGGUUAUUUAAACUGGCGUUGCGUGAAUUCAAAGACAAUCUGGUCCAGUUUUAUAGCGCGGCGAAUAAAACUGGCUUCGAAGCUUAUAGUGUGAAGUACAAGGAUCUUAUAAUGAAUUUCAUGCAAGCUAUGGACACGGUCUGCCAAAGGGAGCAAAAGCAGAACGCUGAUUUCCCGGUGACGAUGGGCGUGAAUGCAUUCAGAGGGUUCAUGAAUGAAUUCAUGUCUUCACGCGGAGAACCAGAAAAGCCUAGCAAGACGAAGAAAAAGAAGGAUAAGAAGCGGAAGGGCGAGGAGAUCACGACGCAUGCCGGCCACACAUUCCUUUUGACAAUCAUUAACAUUCCGACCGCCUGUGAAAUUUGCAGUUCUUUCUUCAUGUGGCCUUUAGAGAAGAGUUUAGUUUGUCAAUCGUGUAAGAUGACCUGCCACAAGAAAUGUUACAUGAAGUCCACGUAUUGCACGAAGGACGCUACACUAGCAGCGCAUGAUUCCAAGAAGAUAUUCGGCGUGCCGUUGUCAGUUUUACUCUCAGAGGAUUGCAAGAUACCUGUGAUCAUCGAACGGCUUCUGGCAACCAUUGAAAUGUAUUUUCUUUACAUUGAAGGGAUUUACAGGAAGCCGGGUGUCAGCUCCAAAGUGAAGGAGCUCAAGUUCAAAAUGGAGGAGAACAAGGAUGAAGUGAAUUUUGCCGAUUACCAAGUGCAUGUUUUAGCUUCGGUGUUAAAGUGCUUUCUGCGAGAAAUGCCCGAACCUCUGUUGACUUUCGAGUGUUAUGAAAACUUCCUAACUGUAGCGAAUAUAAGUAAUCCGCAAGACAGAGUCGCAACGCUCUACGAGAUCUUGAAGAAGCUGCCUACUGCGAAUUAUGAUUUAAUGGAGCGCCUGAUUUUCCAUUUGGCUCGGGUCGCCCUCCACGAAGAAGUAAAUAGGAUGAGUGCUGCGUCUCUUGCCAUUGUUUUCGCGCCAUGCAUCCUACGUACCAAUAAAGAUGUUCCGGCACAGGACAGCCUACUAGACAUAUGUAGCCAGACCCAGUGUAUAGAGACUAUAAUCACGGAGCAACUUCAGAAGAUUCGCAACACGUUGGACGAUAUAGACACCUUGGAUACUGCUUGUCAAGCGGCUACCAAUCGAUUGUCCUCGCUACGAAGCUCCAAAGUCUUCAGCCCGGACGAGCUGUUACCUCAACCAGUGUCGUCGAACGAGGAAGAGGAGAACCUUCUGGAAAACCACAUCCAAGAGAUCCAGAAGGAGAAGGAGCACCUGACAUCCACCCUACCAACGUUGACGCACGCCACUUCUGAUGAUGAUAUGCUGUCGACGGAUGGUGAUGGCAGCUUGGAUGACAUCUCGUGCGUGGCAGAACCAAGAAGACUGAACCGGCCAAUCAUUAGGUCCAUAUCGGGCGGAGAUGCGCGACAAUCCAACAUGCAGAAGCUGAGGAGGCAAACCUCGUCGGACGUGCCUGUGAAAGUUGUCGGCGAAUGCGAAGAGACUCCCAUUAUGGUGUAAGAAUGAUUUUUUACUUUAUAAUAUUAAUUGGAUGGGUGCACGAAUUACAAUUGUUCAAUGCUCGCAACUACUACUUCUACUGUCGUGAUUUUUAGGACAUUAUUAUUUUUCAUGACUUAUCCCUUAAUUUAUUCAACAUUCGGUUAGUUCUAUUCUCUAUAUUUCCAAUCGGAUUUCUUCCUUUCUCCCCCAGUGAGUAAAACUAAAGAAAAAAAAAAGGAAAAUAUAUCUUUGCUAAGCAAUUAUCUUUGUAUAUAUUAUAAAUACACACUACUGUUCUACAUCAAACAUUACAAAAAAUAAAAAAUUAAAGAGAGAAAAACCAUUAUGAAUUUCUUUCCUUUAAGAUGUGUAAAUUAAAGAAAAAAGCAAAAUAUUUUU